ACAUAUGUUUAACUAUUUAUUUUUGUACAUAAACUUGAACGUUUUAUUGCCGCCACAGAUUAUAAAUAAUUGUUUUUUACACGUUACUAGGAAGAAAUAAUGGCUAGUAAAUCUCCACAACAUAUUAACUUAAAUGAAGAUUUGGAUUGGAUAAAAUUAAGAGAAGAAACGGGAUCGGCAUUCCCGGAAACGACAAAGGAGAAAAUGAUGCGCAAAAUUAAAGAGAAUCCACUAGUACCAAUAGGUUGUUUGGCCACAGCUAGUGCGUUAGGAUUCGGUUUGUAUAAUUUCCGUACUGGUAACCGCCGAAUGUCGCAAAUGAUGAUGAGAGCUCGAAUUAUUGCCCAAGGGUUCACAGUAGCUGCAUUGGUCGUCGGUGUAGUUAUGACCUAUAACAAAAAGGAAUAAAUUUUCAUUGAAGGGUAUACGCUAGUAUAUUUUAAAACUCAUUCUCCUAGUUUUUUAUAAGAAUUGUGGUGAAAUCAAUUAUUUUCUUAAGUUCCA